GGUUGAAUUAGACAGUCUUAUCCUACUGGUAAUGGGUUGAGUAGUUUGAUCAUCCAAGUCAAUGAUGGCUUGAGAACACUGGUUCGUGCCUAGUGGGCCACUAUAACACAGAUGAGAUCAAUAAGAACACUGCUCUUUUAUUUUUAUAGAGAAAACCCUAAUCAUUUUUCUCUUGGUACUCUUAAGAAUCUCUACGUAAUCUUUCUUUUCAAGGUCAUAGACUCUUAGGAGAGAGCCAAGAUGAGCCAAGUAAUGCUGAAAUGUCCCGUGGAGGUCUUGGGAGGGAAUCAUGAGCUGGAUUACAGUUCAGAGGAUAAGUGGCAGUGGAAGUGGAACUCAGAUGGUGUGUUCUCUGUCAAGUCUCUGGCUUCUAACCUCUGUAGUAGGGGUGUUCCUGAUUUCCUUGGCCGUCAAGUGUGGAAUCCCACCAGCCCAACUGAAUCUAACUUCCUAGUUUGGAUUACGGCGCUUGAUAAAUGUCUUACUAGAGCUAACCUUGUGAGAAGGGGCAUUCAGAUUUUGGAUCUUUCAUGCAGUUUGUGUGGAAGUAGUGCUGAAUCCACCGACCAUUUGUGCAUCCACUGCCCGUUUUCUUCUCAGCUGUGGAGUCACUUCCUCAGAUGGGUUAUGCCGAGGUCGGUUAAGGAGCUGUUGUGUUGCUGGAAGCUCAUGGGUUUGAGCAAGAAAAAGAAGACUGUUUGGAAGACGAUUCCAAUUGCUGUGUUUUGGUCCAUCUGGUCUGAGAGGAAUAGAAGGAUAUUCUGUAACAAGGCUUCAAGUCCAGAAGAGAUAAUUCAGAAAACAGUGGGCAAACUGAUGUAUUGUGUGUUUGUGUCUGAGGAUUUCAGAAAUUGUAAUGUGUCAGCUGUUUUUCUUUCCAGGUCCUGGUGGAAUGUGUAAUUGCUGAGUUGAUCAGUCGGCCUUUUCUGGGACUGAUCUCAGCCUCCUUUGUGUAUUUCUUA